CCUUAUUUAAAGAGAGAAUAGACACAGCUGAAAGACAGAAGAUGUGGUUUUCAACGUCACAACCAAAAGAGACUAAAUUUCAGCUUACUAUGGAGAUGUGACUUAUGUAUGUUUACCUUAGACAGAAGAUGUGGUUUUUAAGAUUAUUGAAUUAAUAAGGUUUCCAGUCUCCUAACUGAAAAGUCUUUGGUUGUAAAAGUAAACAAUUUUAGAAGACAAGAGAUAGUGUGGUAUAGUUGUGUGGACAAGUCUCUCUUACUCCCAUUAAAGUAGAAAAUGAGUUUUAGAAUAACCAAUACCACUCUUUUGUUGUUGUUCUACUUCAGCAGCAACGUAUUAGUCAUAUUAACAGUGUCCAACGGAAAAAUGAUUAGCACCAAAUGAAAAGCCUAAUUAAGAAAGCCAUGCGAAUAGAAAAGCUCUUCCCUUUCAUAUUUGGUCUCUCUCGCGUUAAACCACUUGCUCCGCUCCUCUUUAACAGUAACCAAAGACAGAAUACACACUUUUCAAGAAUGAACUAUCCCUUUAGUUUUUGUUUGAUAUUAUUUGCCAUCUUCUCCUCUUUCAGCCAUCUUCCUGGUGUAUCAAGUGCUGGUGAGCUUUACAAACUCUGCAGUACGACGUUUAGCUGUUGCGAUCAGGUACAUCUGAAUUAUCCUUUCUGGAAACCUGGUAGAAAAGCAUGUGGCCACCCAGAGUUCGAGCUCAACUGUAGCGGAGAUUUUGCAGAGCUCAACAUUUCCACUGUGAAGUUCAGAAUCAUAGAUAGUAGGUACUAUGAGACAACACUCAUAAGAACAGAUUAUAUUGAUAAUCUUUAUCCCAGAAACCCACUGAAUGCGCAGUUCAAUGAAAAUGUUGUUUCCUUCACCCAUAACACUGAGCUUGUAACAAUUUAUUAUGACUGCCCAAACUUCUCACCACUUAUCCCCCAUAGUUAUUAUGUUGGAGAGCUUCUUUCUGGGAAUGGCAGAAGAAAUUACUAUGUGACAAAAAACCUCACGUCCCCUUCACUUCACGAUAUUAGAAGUCUUUUAGAGAACUUCAGGGGAAUGUGUAAAAGAAAUGUCAGUAUUCCUGCAUCUGGAUCUGCACUGGAGACGCUGCAGAGGAGUCCGAAUACAUAUAAUCUAAAGAAGGCUAUUGAACAAGGUUUCAAACUUUAUAUUAACUCGGAUUGUGAGAGGUGCAAAGGCUCUGACGGUGCUUGUGGAUAUAAUCAGACCUCAAGCGCUUUUGUCUGUUAUUGCAAAGAUGGACCGCGUAAUAGUUCAUGCCGGACACACAACCGAGCUGAUCUUAUAGAGGGCAUAGUUAUUGUGAUCAUUAUUCUCGUAGGUUUGUGUUCACUAACAGGUAUUAUUGCGCUGGUGGUAUUAUUAUGCCCCUGUUUCGGGGUCCAAAUUUUCCGCAAGAGAAAAACAUCAGAUGAGAGGAGACAUGAGAAGUUAAAGGCUCUUAUACCACUCAAACACUAUACUUAUGCGCAAGUGAAGAAAAUUACAAAGUCAUUUGCAGAAGUGGUUGGGAGAGGAGGAUUUGGAGUUGUUUAUAGAGGAACCCUUUGUGACGGCCGUAUGGUUGCGGUGAAGGUCUUGAAAGAUUCAAAGGACAAUAAUGGCAAAGACUUCAUCAAUGAAGUUGCCAGCAUGAGCCAAACAUCUCAUGUCAACAUUGUUUCCUUACUUGGAUUCUGCUCCGAAGGUUCAAAAAGAGCCAUCAUAUAUGAAUUUCUAGAGAAUGGCUCGCUUGAUAAGUUCAUCUCAAACACCAACAUAAUGAAUUUGGACUUCACGGCACUGUAUGAGAUUGCACUAGGAGUUGCUAGGGGGUUAGAGUAUUUGCACUUUGGCUGCAAAACAAGGAUCGUGCAUUUCGACAUUAAACCUCAGAACGUGCUGUUAGAUGAAAAUCUUCUCCCCAAAGUUUCUGAUUUUGGACUUGCUAAACUCUGUGAGAAAAAAGAGAGCAUAAUAUCGCUGCUAGACAUGAGAGGGACAAUAGGGUACAUUGCGCCAGAGAUGUUCUCCCCAGUGUAUGGGAGUGUGUCUCACAAGUCAGAUGUGUAUAGCUAUGGGAUGCUACUACUCGAAAUGAUAGGCGCAAGGAAGAAAGAAAUAGUUGAUCAAGUCUCUGCAUCGAAUGCAAGCUCGAUGUAUUUUCCCGAAUGGAUAUACCAAGAUCUCGAGCAAGGAGACAAUGUAAGUCCUGCCGAGUAUGGAAUCAGAAGCGAAGAAGAGGAGAUAGCAAAGAAGAUGAAAAUUGUGGGUUUGUGGUGUAUACAGUCUUCCCCAUCAAACCGCCCUCCGAUGAACAUAGUAGUAGAGAUGAUGGAAGGAAGCCUUGAAGCUCUUGAAGUGCCUCCUACGCCUGUCUUGCAACAAAUUCCAGCAGCACGGCUUUCUCAAUCUUUUUGGGAUUCUGGGGAGGGUUCAAGCGCUUCCGAAGUAUUGGUAUGCUCUGCAAAAUGAAAACUGGAAUCUUCUUGCCGUGAAAGUCAUUUAUGUAAUAAAAAGUUAUAGUUAUUUAUGUUAUUUGCUUAACAAAUAGAGAACAAUGUAUUUUAGACCAUAAUUAACCCGAAGUUCUUAGAAUGAAGUUCUUAGCGGAAGUUAAGAAACUGUUUCUUAACUUUUAACUAAAAAAGCUAAGAAUCGGUUCUAAGAACCUCAUCCUAAGAACUUCGAGUUAAUCAUGCUCUCAGUAUACAAGAAAAGCUGGUUCAGUGUGUUGAAAGCGUCUUGUCGGAUUGGAAUGUAAUAAAUUCGUUGAUAUGUGUGUGUGCGUGUGUGAUUGUGAACAAACCGUUGAAAAGAAAGAAAAGACUUUUCUUGUUCAGAACUUUGAAAAUUCCUUCUCGCUCUUACGACUUGCAUGAUCAUCGAAUCACCAAGGAUAAACCAAACUCCCCUAGUCCCCUGUAAUAUCCAAUUAUCUUCUGACCCGUUCUCUCUGUUCUUGAUUUCCUAUGUCUAGAUUCAUGGUCUCUUUUUUGUUCUUACUCAUCCAGCUUUUGAGCUUCUCUGUUCAAGCUCAGCGUACGAAGACACCACCAACAACAGAGUUCACUUUCCAAGGUUUUAGUGAAAACAAAUCGGAGAUUCAAACAGAAGGAGCAGCGAUCAUCACACCAGAUGGGCUACUCUUAUUAGCUGAGUUUAUUUAUAGCAAUGAUAUAUAAAAUAGAUACUCUUAUUUAUAUUAUCUUCUAUAAUUAUGCUAAUAGAAAAUUAGAUAUAUUUAGUUUGCACAUUCAUAGUUAAAAAAAAAAAAAUUGUUGCAAUUUGUAAAUUAUACAUGAUAUUUUGAUUCUUUUAAUAUGAGCAGUAAAAUCAUGUAUAAUAUUUACAAAAAGUAACUAAUAUUAUAGAGA